CAUGAACGCAACAUCACUGUACAGUCUUUCAGUGCUGUGACGUAGGACGCUUAUACGUACAGCGUAACACACGUUUAGGUCCAGAAGCGCCAUUGGAAGUUUGAAGAGGACCUUUUCUGGUCACAGUGACCCAUCAUGUUUCGUCCCAAACCGACUCUGAAGGACCGACAGCACCUGUACAAGCUCAUCAUUAGCCAGCUGCUCUAUGACGGAUACACCAGCAUCGCUAACAGUCUCAUCAAUGAGGUCAAACCACAGAAUGUCGUGUCGCCCUCUGAGCAGCUGAUGCAGCUGGCAAAGAUAGGAAUGGAAAAUGAUGACAGUGCAGUCCAGUAUGCUAUUGGGCGCUCAGAUACAGUGGCGCCUGGUGUGGGGAUUGAUCUGGAGUUUGAUGCUGAUGUCCAGACCAUGUCUCCAGAGGCAUCAGAGUAUGAGACCUGCUAUGUAACAUCCCAUAAGGGUCCAUGCCGUGUCGCUUCAUACAGCCGCGAUGGCCAGCUUAUUGCCACUGGCUCUGCUGACGCUUCCAUCAAGAUCCUGGAUACUGAACGCAUGCUGGCCAAGAGUGCUAUGCCUAUUGAGGUGAUGAUGAAUGAGACAGCUCAGCAAAACAUGGAGAAUCACCCCGUGAUUCGGACACUGUAUGACCACGUAGACGAAGUCACCUGCCUCGCCUUCCAUCCCACUGAACAGAUUUUAGCUUCUGGAUCAAGAGAUUACACCCUCAAACUCUUUGACUACUCCAAGCCCUCUGCAAAAAGAGCAUUUAAAUACAUACAGGAAGCAGAAAUGCUGCGUUCAAUCUCCUUUCACCCAUCAGGUGACUUCCUGCUGGUGGGAACGCAGCACCCCACCCUCCGCCUCUACGACGUCAACACCUUCCAGUGCUUCGUGUCCUGCAACCCGCUGGACCAGCACACAGACACCAUCAGCGGCGUUAGCUACAACCCCAGCGCCAACAGCUACGUCAGUUGCAGCAAGGACGGCAGCAUCAAGCUGUGGGAUGGCGUCUCCAACCGUUGCGUAACCACCUUCGAGAAGGCCCACGACGGAGCCGAGGUUUGCUCCGCCAUCUUCUCCAAGAACUCCAAGUACAUCAUGUCCAGUGGCAAAGACUCUGUGGUCAAACUGUGGGAAAUCUCUACAGGCCGGACGCUGGUCAAGUACACAGGUGCGGGGUUGAGCGGCCGUCAGAUGCAUCGUACACAGGGCGUGUUCAACCACACGGAGGACUACGUGCUGCUGCCAGAUGAGCGCACCAUCAGUCUGUGCUGCUGGGACUCACGCACGGCAGAAAGGAAAAACCUGCUGUCUCUGGGACACAACAACAUCGUCCGCUGCAUCGUCCACUCGCCCACCAACCCCGGCUUCAUGACCUGCAGCGAUGACUUCAGGGCCCGCUUCUGGUACCGCCGCACCACCACGGACUGAGACACACCCAGCCUUCACCUUUCUCCCCUCUCCCCUCUCUGAGGAGCACACACUGCUGGCUCCAUGACCUCAGUGAACUCCUCACUUUGUCCUCAUCGGUUGUAUUUCCUGUGAAACUGCGGUGGAACUCGUGGGACAGUACUUAAGAAAAGAAGGAGUUCAGUUGUCAUUUCUCUAGAUGUGUUUGUCAACAAUACACUGAACCUUUUGUCUUUUUUCAUUUAAGGUCUGACCUUUAAAAUCCUUUCACUGUUUGGAAACUUCAACUCUUCUCACAUCAGUGAGUUUUCAGUUGUCAGUCAUAACUAACAACUGAGUUAUUUGUUGUCUUUUCCACUUUUAUAUUUUGUAUGUCUUUUGUUGUAAUUCAGAUUUUUAUUAAACAAUUAAAAGGAA